AUGCCUGCUCUUGUUAUCAAGACCAACGCUAAAUUCACAGAGGAAGAGAAGUCCAAGGCCACCGAGGAACUCGGAAACAUUGUUUCCAAGGUUCUUGGAAAGCCAAUCUCUUAUGUCAUGGUCACAUUAGAGGAUGGUGUUGCUGUUAGAUUCGGUGGCAGUGACGAGAAGGCUGCUUUCAUGUCCCUCAUGUCAAUUGGUGGACUUAACAGAGCUGUUAACAAGAGGGCAUCUGCUGCUCUCACAAAGUGGUUCACAGACCAUGGUUUCCAGGGCGAUCGCAUUUACAUCGUCUUCAAUCCAAAGAGUGCUGAGGACUGGGGCUUCAAUGGUGACACAUUUGCCUAA